UAGAUGGCGACAUGUCAAGUGGAACAGAAGAGUCUUAUCAAAGUAGUGGAGAUGAGAACUGUCAAGUAGCUGGUGAAACGUUGUCAUGUGGAACAGAAGAUUCAUUCGGAAGUAAUAGUGAUCAGAAUUUUAAAGGUGUCAAUUACGGAGAAGCACAAGAAUGUUUUCUAGGGACUUGCGAUGUUCAUAUUGAAAAUUUGGUUCCUCCUUGUGCCAGUAGGGCAACUAGAUUAUUGGACAUGGAUCAUGUUAAAAGUUUAUCAGAUUCAUUCCAAAAUGGAUCCAAUGGACAAGUUGCUAUCCUUGUGGGAAUGGUGCCAUCAGAUGUCACUGUGGAUUCAUUGAAAGAGAAAGGUGCAUGCAAAGUCGAGACACUUGGGGGAAAUCACACCAGGGAAGCCAUCCAAGGUCUGCAUAGACGUGGUUUGUUCAGGGAAACAACGGUUAAAGUGAACGUUUACGUCAAAAUGUCUACAAUAACGGCACUGAUGCUUGGAUGGCAGCACAAUAUGAUCAUCCAAGAGAAACAGAAGAGCCUAACAUUUAUGGACAAGGUCAGGUUGAUGAGGCAGUUGUUGCCAAGUCCACCCCUGUCUGCAGGAAACAUCAGGCAAUGGAAAAGUCAGCUGGCCACUAUAUUUCAGAUUGAGGACAUCAGACGGCUCCAAGCCUCAUACAGUCAUCAUUUGCAAAUGGCACAGCUGCCUGAAGAUGUCUGGGGUGAAGCAGAAAAAGUAGCAGUGUCCAUAGCAGUAUCAGAAAAGUUGUUCCGCAACAUGAUGCGACUGGACAAGAAUGACAUGAUUGUGGAUUGUUUGGUGUGCCUCAGGACAGAAGGAAGAAUGUCCUUUAACAAGAAAGU